AAGAGCAUAUAUAUUGUCUGUGGGUUUAUUUGGGGUGUUACUGACGUACCCACCAAAUCGUUUCGUCAAAUUUGGUGUAAAAUUUGAUCUUUCUAAGGAUCAGGUAGUGGGAAGAUGAAGGGAGUGUUAUGGGUUGUAGUUGUAUCAGUGGUGGUAGCAGCAUGGAUGCCCCUUUCACACUCUUCCAAGAAACCGGUGGGUGUCGCUAGAAAGGAGGACAUUCCUUACAUCAAGUGCCAAGUGUGUGAGAAGCUCGCCAAAGAGUUGUAUCAUCAGGUUCAGAACAAGAGAACUGAGAUCGCUCCCAAAAAGAUCUCGGAGUACCAGAUCAUUGAGAUAGCGGAGAAUGUUUGUAAUCUGAAAAAGGUAGAAGCGGAUUGGAUAUUGCGCAUUGAUAUUGUGGAGAAAGAAGAUAGGCUGGAGCUGGUGGAACAAGACUCUGAAGGACAAUGCAAUUCUGAAUGCAAGACAAUUGAGCGAGCCUGUCACGAUGUUAUAGGAUAUUCUGAUACCGAUGUUGCUGAAUAUUUAUAUAGUUCCAAGCCAGAUAUUGAGUCAUUGCUCAAUUAUCUCUGCAAAGACCUUACUAAAGCAUGCAGUACCAAGCCGCCACCUGUCCCUAAGGACAGGAUUCCUGGCGAAUCAUUUGUUGCAAAGUCUUCUAAGGAGGCUGAAAUGGAAAAGAUACUAAAAUCAAUGGAGGGCAUGCCAGGAGCACCUGGCAUGAAAAUGUAUUCAAGAGAUGAUUUGAUGAACAUGAAUAAUCUUGGAGACGAAGAUGGUGAUGAUGAAGAUGAUGACGAUGAGGAUGAGGCGAACUUCCCAUCAAAAUUGGGGAAAGUUUUGAGAGCAAAAGAAAGUGGAAAAAAAGACUGGAAACAGACGAUAAAAAAGAGAAUUGCCGACACAAGCAUGACACUGAAAAAACAUGCAAACAAAGUUUCUAAUCAUGUACGACAGUGGUGGAGGGGAAAGAAGGCAACCACUUCAAAGAAGGGAGGGAAGACAGAACUUUAGUGAUGAUAAUGUAGCUCCUGAGUGUUGAACAAAUGUACAACAUCCCCACCCCGUUUGGUUACUGGUAUGGUACUGCACCAAAGAUGGAUAGGAAUUUGGAAGGGAAUCAAAUGAGGACUUCAUAAUCACCAAUUAGAAUGAUUUGUUUUCCAGUCCAGGAUUUGCUAUCUCAUGUAUUGUAGCGAGUCAAUUGAUGUCUGAUGAUGUGUUUUGGUGGCUGCAUGCUCACUAACCUUUUCAGUGGAUAGAGGUUACUUUUGACUCUUGAGAUUUAAUCACGGAUAUUUCUAUACAAGUUUUGGAAACUUAUUCUGUCUUCAGAGGUAUUGUUUAGCAAAAAGUUAGCUGAAAAAUGAAAUUUUAUGUUUAAUUGAAA